AUGGGUUCGACGCAAUUUGGAAAGUUCCAUCUUUUCGUGAAAAACAACCAACCCCCUAAUGCUCAGUUCGGCGGCUGUGCGCUCACCGGUAUUCCGCUGAGCCAUGACCGACACCUAGGCAACCUGGGCUCGAUUCUCCUCGCCUUUUUCGCUAUCGUGACGUCGCUUUUCUUGCUAUGGAGAUCGGAACGGAAACAGGCCGCCGUCGGGCGACGGGAAAUGCAGUUGUUCCUGCUCGCCUUCAUCAUCGUUGAGAUUUGUGAGAUUUUCAGCGUCGGCAGUUUCCCUCUGGACGACGCCGUUCGAAAGGGCUUCUCCGCCGCGCAUAUCGCCUCGAUCACCGCAACUUGUUGGAUCCUGCUGUUGAACGCCCUCGUCGGGUUUCAGUUCCUCGACGACGGCACCCCUAUUUCGAUCGGUCUCUGUGUCGCCUCCGCCCUGGUCUUCUUCAUCGGAACGGGAUACAUCGCAUUGGAUACGGGCUUCAACUGGACCGGCGAAUUCGCCCCCAACCCGGCAACCGACUAUCGCAAUAUCGCGCUCUACGUGUUGUACCUGCUCUUCCCGCUCGUCUGUCUGGUGGUCUUCUUCGCCCUGGAGACUUUCCUGGUCAUUCGGAUUCUGGGCGAGCUCCGGCCCAUGUGUACGUGCCCUCUGCCCUUCAGGACCCGAUGCCUCUAA